ACCAAAGCAAAGCGCUGCAGCUGUUUUUUUUUUAUUAAGUAAGCAAUAUACAACUAGUGUAAAACAGGAUUAUUCAAGGGACUGAUGAGCGACAUUUUAGCUCUUUUUUUACCGCAGCUUGGGCAAAAAAUGGAAAUGAAGAUGAUAGCAAAACACUAGCAAAAAUAUCAAGAUUUUCUGGGAUAAAAUGAAGGACUCCCUUCCCGCUUUGUCAAGCCGAAGGGUGAGGAGGAUCAGCGGGGCGGCCGGGCUGUUCUACCCGCUGCUCGGUGCCUGUCUCUGGGCUGCAGCGGUCGGGUACAAGCCGGUGAUCAUCGUGCACGGUUUAUUCGACAGCUCAGGGGAUUUUAAAGAUUUACAGCGGUUCAUAAACGAGUCUCAUCCAGGCACAAAUGUUUCCGUCAUCGACUUGUUUGACAGAAGUGCCAGCCUGCAGCCCAUGUGGAAACAGGUGGAGGGAUUCAAGGAAGCUAUUCAGCCAAUAAUGCAAAAUGCAGAAGACGGGGUCCAUUUUAUCUGCUACUCUCAAGGUGGGCUUAUUUGCAGAGGCAUCCUCUCGACUCUCAACGACCACAACGUCCAGUCUUUCAUCUCUCUGUCCUCGCCGCAGGCCGGGCAGUAUGGAGACACCGACUACUUGAGGUACCUCUUCCCACAGUUUGUGAAGUCCAACCUCUUCCACCUCUGCUACACAUCGGUAGGUCAGAGGAUCUCCAUCUGCAACUACUGGAACGACCCCCACCACAGAGACCUGUAUGUGAACAGCAGUGAUUAUUUGGGUCUGCUCAACAGCGAGCGAUCAAAUCCAAAUUCAACAGAGUGGAAGAAGAACUUCCUGAAAAUAAAAAAGCUGGUGCUGGUUGGAGGACCGGACGAUGGAGUCAUCACUCCCUGGCAGUCGAGUCAGUUCGGAUUUUUUGACGACAACGAGACGAUCGUUGAGAUGCAGCACCAGGAUAUGUAUUUAAGGGAUGUUUUUGGUCUGAAGACGCUUGGGGCUCGUGGAGAUCUGAUCAUCUGUUCUGUUCCCGGCGUGGAACACGUGUAUUGGCACUCAAAUGAGACUGUGUUCCACCUGUGCAUGGAGAAGUGGCUGGUGUAGAACAAAACACUCACACACAGAUACACACAAACAGAGAUACACACCCUGUAAACUAUGAAGCAUGUAAUCUCAAUUUUUGGAUUACAGAUUCAAGAAAUUACUUCGUAAUUGUAGUGUUUGCUGACGAAGUUUGGACUAUAGGUUCUGAACUAUUUAAGUUACAUAAAAGGGAAUAGUUGGAACUCCACUACUUUGCUUUCUUGCAGCGUAUCAGAUAAGAAUAUUUAUACCACUCAUGACCAUAAGUCCUCGAAAUCAUUUAAUGUUUGUGAAUUUGAGGAGGUAAAUAGGGGCCUUGUAAGUUUAGAAUAGUCAAGAAUAGAAUAGAAAUUAAAUUAUUAUUUUAACAUUAUUAAAUCAUCCGUGUUCCCCCAGCAGAUGCUUAUUGUUUCUCAUGUAAACGGCGUUGAGGAAGUACAACAUUAUUUAACCUUGAUGUUUAAGAACGUGUGGGAAUACUGGUGUCUGUACAGUGUAUGAAACUUCAGCCAGCUGCUUGGUUUUCAUCAACAUGUAAAACUACAUAUUUUAAUUAUUUCUUAUUAAAGGUAGGGUAGGUACGUUUGAGAAACCGGCUCGAGAUCGCUAGAAUUUGAAAAUACACAACCGGAGAAAAUCUGCCACUUCCUUAUAGAGCCCCUCCUCCAACACACACGAACGCGCACAU